AUGAACUGGUGUCGUAACACUGGGGAUAACGAGAACCAGCUGAUGCUACUGACCUCUGUGGCCGGCGCUGGCAAGACUUUGAUUGUGCACACAAUUGCAGAUAGAUGUAACAGGGAGGCUAUCCUAUUGCUAUGCUUUUUCUUCAGAGUUGGUGAACAGUCACGGCCGGACUGUUUGUUCAGCGGCAUUGCUCAGGCUCUAGCAAAUAGUGAUGCAGAUUAUCGCACCUUCAUUAUCUCUGCCCUUCGAAAAGACCCCACCCUCUCAACAGCUCCAUUCACGAUGCAGUUCAAGGAAUUAGUGGCUUCACCUCUGCUCCAUAAACCUCCACCUUCCGACCGUCCUAUGGUGAUCAUCAUUGAUGCUUUGGAUGAAUGUGACAAAGAAGUGUUUGAAUCUCUUGCCGAAAUUCUUGGGGACGAAGUGCCCAGGCUACCAUCUUCCGUUAAAUUCUUCAUCACAUCGAGACAAUAUGAUCUCGUGAAUCGCUACCUCUCCCCCGAUUACCCUAUUGAUCGUCUCACUAUUGAUCUCUUGGAUGGGGCAAAUGUGCAGGACUGUGCUAAAUUCAUAUGCUUCCAGCUGAAAAAGCUAAAGAAGUUGCAUCGGAAUUUACAGCGCAAUCUUCAGGAUGAGGAUAAAAUGGUACAAGAAAUCUCGGGACGAGCAAAUGGUUUGUUUAUCUGGAUCAGCACCAUCUUUCGCUACAUGAAGAUGGCCAACAAAGAUCCCAUGAGGACACUCGAAAGUCUGCUUGACACUGGUGCCAAACGACCAGAGGUCCUUGCCGAGAAGAUGAUGGAAGAUUUGUAUACAAGCGUUUUGAAGAAGUGUGCUUGGGAUGAUGAAGAUUUUGCGCACGAUUACCCAAUUGUGAUGGGAGCAAUCUUCGUUGCUCGGCAGCCCCUGUCCGUCACAGCCUGGGACGCAAUUUUGUUCCCUUUCCUCAAUUCUUCUGUUCAAUAUGCGUUAGCUGAACUCGCACCUCUGCUCUCAGGAGUUGAGGAUUCCCACAUUCCGGUUCGCAUCUUACACCAGUCUUUCCGUGAUUUUAUCCUCGAUCGGAUCCAUCCCCAAAUGAUCAGCUCUCGUUGCACUCCCGUGGCUGUGGGGGUGGAGAAUGCGAGGGUCGCCUUUCGAUGUACCGAGAUUUUGAAUGAGGGUCUCUGCUCUGUAAGGGGCCUAGGACAGAUUGAAAAUUUGGACGAAAAAGACGAAAUGCCCUGCAUUCCUUCAAAGGAGUUAUCUGAGCACUUUCGUUAUGCAUGUCACCACUUCGUCCAUCACCUCAGUGGAGUCGAGGAACCAUCAGAGGAGCUUGCUGUGUCAGUUGGUAUGUUUCUGAGUCGGGGAGCAACUCGGUGGGUGGAAGUCUGUGUGAGAAUGGAAAGCUAUGUUAGUAUCUUGUUGCUUCCUGAGUGGGCUAAGUUGACUGUUGACCACAGUGCUGUUAGCACACUGGCUAAAGUGCUUAGCCGGCUUCCAUGGAACCUGGAGUUUUUUUCAAGAUUCCAGGAGGCAUAUGAGGCAGCAAAUGAUUCUGUGGUACUCUGCCGUUACCUUUUUUCUGUGGAUUCAGGUUCCUAUACCCUGGAUUUGGCCGUGUCACUUAACAGUCUAUAUUAUGCCCUUUACGAACUUGGACAGCACUUGGAGGCACUCUCGAUCAUCGAAGAAUGCGUCAAACUCCGGCACCAGUUGGUUGCUGUUAAACCAGGAUUAUACACCCCGGGUUUGACUGGGUCACUCAACAAUCUACGUAAUGCUCUUUCCAUACUCGGACGGCACUCGGAGGCACUCCCAUUCAUCGAAGAAAGCGUCCAACUCUACCGUCAACUAGUUGCCAUUAACCCAGGAUCAUACACCCCGUAUCUGGCCAUGUCACUCAACAAUCUACGUAAUGCUCUUUCGGAUCUCGGACGGCACUCAGAGGCACUCCCCUUCAUCGAAGAAAGUGUCAAACUUUACCGCCAGCUAGUUGCUGUUCAGCCAGGACCGAACACCCCGGAUUUGGCGAUGUCACUCAACAAUCUAUAUAAUGCUCUUUCCAAUCUCGGACGGCACUCGGAGGCACUCGGAUUCAUCGAAGAAAAAUCAUACACCCCGGAUUUGGCCAUAUCACUCAACAAUCAAUAUUUGGCUUUUUCCAAUCUCGGACGGUACUCCGAGGCACUCCCAUUCAUUGAAGAAAGCGUGAAACUCUACCGCCAGCUAGUUGCUGUUCACUCAGGAUCAUACACCCCGGAUUUGGCCAUGUCACUCAACAAUCAAUAUUGGGCUCUUUCCAAUCUGGGACGGCACUCGGAGGCGCUCCCAUCUAUCGAAGAAUGUGUCAAAAUCCGGCGCCAACUAGUUGCUGUUAACCCAGGAGCAUACACCCCUAAAUUGACCAAAUCAGUUGAGACUCUACGUGACGCUCUCUCCAAUCUAGGACGCCAUUCCGAGGCACAAAGGAUCCACAUUUGA